AUGGUUCAUCUAUUCAAUGAUACUCUAUUGAUGAAAUCUAUGCCUCUUUCAUGGUUCAUCAGACUGAUUCAUGAUACUUGCAUUCAUUUGAAUAAAUCUAUGUUGCUCCUCUGCUUAUUCCACUCUAAUUCUACAAUGAGCUCUAUUGAUGAGAAGCCUCUUUCAUGGUUCAUCAGACUGAUUCAUGAUACUUGCAUUCAUUUGAAUAAAUCUAUGUUGCUCCUCUUCUUAUUCCACUCUAAUUCUACAAUGAUUUCUAUUGAUGAGAAGCCUCUUUCAUGGUUCAUCAGACUGAUUCAUGAUACUUGCAUUCAUUUGAAUAAAUCUAUGUUGCUCCUCUUCUUAUUCCACUCUAAUUCUACAAUGAUUUCUAUUGAUGAGAAGCCUCUUUCAUGGUUCAUCAGACUGAUUCAUGAUACUUGCAUUCAUUUGAAUAAAUCUAUGUUGCUCCUCUGCUUAUUCCACUCUAAUUCUACAAUGAGCUCUAUUGAUGAGAAGCCUCUUUCAUGGUUCAUCAGACUGAUUCAUGAUACUUGCAUUCAUUUGAAUAAAUCUAUGUUUUAUUCUCCUCUGCUUAUUCCACUCUAA